AUGGAAACCAUGAUGCACCAGUUUCAAGCGUUCGCUUCUGAGAUGCAAAAAUCACAUGCAAAAAGUAGUAACCAUGGAGAAAACAGUGGACAACACAUGCUACCUCAAGCGGGUGACAUACAACCCAGAUCCGUACGGAUUGACUUUCCAACAUUUGAUGGGGAUGAUCCACAAGGCUGGUUGUACAAGGUAAAACAGUUCUUUGCAUUUCACAAUACUUUACCUCACCACCGUUUACGUUUGGUAUCAUUUCACAUGGUGGGAAAGGCUUUGGUUUGGUUUCAAGGGCUUGAUGAGUCUGGUUUGUUAACUGAAUGGGAUGAUUUUGUGAAUGCUUUACUGAUCUGUUUUGGCCCUAGUAGCUAUGAUGAUCCGGUUGAACAAAUUAUUAGACUAAGGCAGAUGGGUUCGGUUGAGGAGUAUAAGACUGCCUUUGAGCUGAUUGCCAAUAGGCUAAGGCAUUUGGAUGAAAGUGACAAACUAAGUUGCUUUAUCAGUGGAUUAAAAGACGAUAUCUGUUUGACGGUUAAAAUGUUUAACCCUCACACACUACUCACAGCCUAUAGGCUGGAUAGAAUUCAAGAAGAAAAACUAUCCCUCCAUAAAAAGCCAAACCCACGACCAAACCUGCCCCAAAAUGUUGAACCAGCCUCAUUCAAAUACCAACCACCACAGAAUCCCAACCCUUCAGAAAAUCACCAACCAUAUAACAAGGCAAUAGUACCAGUGCAGAAAAUCAGUCCAAAUCAAAUGAAAAUAAGAAGAGAAAAAGACUUGUGUUACCAUUGCGACUCAAAAUGGCACCCAGGGCACCGAUGCAAUAGCCCAAAACUUUAUUUAAUUGAAGAAGUUGUAGAGGAUGAUGAGGAGACAGUGGAAGACACGGUCAGUGUUCUGUCCAGAUUGACACAAAAGGGGAAGAUUGGCCCUAAGUGGGUCGUUAUUCUCAUUGAUUCGGGAAGUACCCAUAAUUUCCUGGAUCCAGCAAUGCUCUCCCGAGUUUCCAUACCCAUAGUAGCGGAGGAUAAGGUCAGGGUUAAGGUGGCUAAUGGGGAGUUAGUAGACAGUGAAGGUAAGGUGAAAGGAGUACAAGUGGGGAUUCAAGGAGUUGAGUUUUUACUUGAUAUGUAUGUUUUAGUGUUGGCAGGUUGUGACAUGGUUUUGGGCGUCCAAUGGUUACAAGGAUUAGGGCCAAUCCUUUGGAAUUUCAAGGAGUUAACUAUGCAGUUUACUUACCAACAGGCUGUUGUGAUUCUUAAAGAGCUCACGGGGCACAAAUGGAUUGAGGAAGGCUCCAUCCAAAACUGUAACAGCAUGGAAAAAAAAGGGGUCAUGUUAAAACUCAUUGACAACUCCAACCAAGUCACACCAACUCAAAUCCCAAGCAAUAUACAAAACCUACUCAACCUAUACACUGACAUUUUUGCCACCCCAAAAGGCCUACCCCCCAACCAUUCCCAUGACCACUCCAUAACUUUACAACCAAGUACAACACCCAUUUCUGUCCGCCCAUAUCGCUACCCAUAUUUUCAGAAAGAUGAGAUUGAGAAGAUUGUUAAGGAGUUGUUGAGCUCGGGUGUGAUUCGUCCUAGUCAAAGUCUUUAUUCAUCUCCUGUUUUGUUGGUAAGGAAGGCUGAUGGCACGUGGCGACUGUGUGUGGAUUACAGAGCAUUAAACAGUGCUACGGUUAAGGAUAGAUAUCCAAUUCCAGUGGUGGAGGAACUGUUCGAUGAGUUACAUGGAGCUAGAAUUUUCUCUAAACUUGACUUAAGGUCAGGUUAUCAUCAAAUUAGAGUUAAACCAGAAGAUAUCCCAAAGACUGCCUUCCGCACUCAUGAGGGUCACUACGAAUUCUUGGGAGUGCAGCUGGCUUUUAGCACAGCUUACCACCCUCAAACAAACGGGCAAACAGAAGCUGUUAACAAAUGGGUUGAGAACUACCUAAGAUCUUAUGUCGGGGACAAACCUAAGGACUGGUCUCACUGGAUUGAAUUAGCCGAGUGGUGUUACAACUCAAGCAUGCAUGCAUCUAUCAAACUUACGCCAUUUGAAGCAUUGUAUGGCUACAAACCUCCAAAACUAACAUGCUAUGUACCAGGAACCUCAAAGUUAGAAGAAAUAGAGGUUACCUUGCAUGAUCGUGAGCAGCUGUGGGUCCUGUUAAGGCAAAAUCUCAUUAAGGCACAAGACAGAAUGAGUAAAUAUGCUAAUCUGAAAAGGAAGGAACAAACGUACCAAGUUGGAGAUUGGCUGAAAUCGAAGCUCAGUCAAGGGGCUUUGCCCAUAGCAACCCUUCCUCCUGUAGACAAACAAGGAGCCAUUAAAGUGGAACCGGUUGAAGCAUUAAACCGGAGGUUGAAGAAGGUGAAAAACAAACCGGAAGUGGAGGUCUUGAUCCGUUGGCAUGGGCAAACUGCAGAGGAAGCUUCCUGGGAGAUGUACCAUCAGCUUUGCGAAAAUUUUCCCCACCUUGUGGGCAAGGUUUUUUGA